GUCGUCGUGAAAACAUCGUGCAGUACUUUGGAGCGUCUUUGGAUCUUGGUUAGUGUCGAGUAUGAUUUUUUUAGGUAUCGCAACCGAAAUGCUGCACCUUGUUGAUCAGGAUCAGGAGUUUCACCAACAUGACGACCAGAGCUGACUUUCAACCGAAACAAAAGGAGGUUUCUCCGCGUACCCACAAGUGCAGCGAGUGUGGAAAAGAGUUUCGUGACAGUAGAAAUCUGAAGCAGCACAUGCGCACUCACACCGGGGAGAAACCUUAUCGGUGUGAGAAAUGCGGCAAGGGCUUCAGUCAGCUGGCUCAUUUGAAAACGCACAUUCGGACUCACACAGGUGAGAAACCGUAUCAAUGUGAGGAAUGUAGCAGAUGUUUCAGUAGGCUGGUUCACCUUAGGACGCAUAUCAGAACCCACACCGGUGAGAAACCCUACAGGUGUGAGGAGUGUGGCAAGCAGUUUAGUCAACGGGGUCAUCUGAAGACCCACAUGCGGACUCACACGGGCGAGAAACCCUACAGGUGUGAGGAAUGCACCAGUCAGUUUAGCACGCUAAGUAAUCUGAAGGGGCACAUGAGAACUCACACUGGUGAGAAGCCGUACAGAUGUGAGGAGUGCAUCAUGCAGUUCAGUCACCUGUCAACGCUAAAGAAACACAUGCGGACUCACACGGGUGAGAAGACACACAAGUGUGAGGAGUGCAGUCGGUCGUUUAGUUUACUGUUAACACUAAAGACACACAUGCGGACUCACACGGGUGAGAAACCGUAUAGGUGUAAAGAGUGCAACAAGCAAUUCAGCAGGCUGGAUCAUCUGAAGGGGCACAUGCGGACUCACACUGGUGAGAAACCGUACAGAUGUGAGGAGUGCAGCAAGCAGUUUAGUCAGCUGUCAAGUCUAAAGGCUCACAUGCGGACUCACACUGGUGAGAAACCGUAUAAAUGCGAAGAGUGCAGCAAGCAGUUUAGUCAACUGUCAAAUCUAAAGACACAUAUGUUGACUCACAUAAUCAAAACCGUACAAGUGUGAAAAACAAAAGCUUUCGUCAUUCAAGUGAGUGCACACUCACACCGCACCGUGCACACCGAGGAAAAAAACUGGUUUAAAAGUUUGUUUCGAGAUUUACCAAUGAAAACUACCAUUUGCUAUUUUCAGUUUUGUAGUCUCUUCUGCUCCGGUUGGUUAGAACUAGAAAUGUGGUUAGAACUAGAAAUGUGGUUAGAACUAGAAAUGUGGUUAGAACUAGAAAUGUGGUUAGAACUAGAAAUGUGGUUAGAACUAGAAAUGUGGUUAGAACUAGAAUGUGGUUAGAACUAGAAAUGUGGUUAGAACUAGAAAUGUGUGCAAAUGUGAUUGUGGGUGUUUGGACUUAGCUAACUAGGUUUCUCUGUUUUAGUAACUAGGUUUCUCUGUUUUAGUAACUAGGUUCCUUUGUUGUAGUAACUGUAAGUUCUUUUUUUUACUUUUUGAU